AUGGCGGCCCCCUGUCUUUUGUUGGGACCCUCUUUCUGUAAACCCUCUCUUCCUCUUUUCCUUCCCAUCCCAAAAAUUCCCCUCCAUUUGCCCUAUAAAACCAUGGCUGCCCACUGCCAUUGCUCCUCUAACCCUCGACCUACGCAGCCUUCCUUGCUCGUCUUCUCAGGUGGGACGGCGUUUAAUGGCGUUGUGGAAGAGCUUAAGAAGUUAACAGUUCGCGUUGCUCAUGUUCUUCCUGUUUCUGAUGAUGGAGGAAGUACUGCUGAGAUUGUUCGAGUUCUCGGUGGUCCUGCUGUCGGAGACAUUAGGUCAAGAUGUUUGAGAUUGGCUGAUGAAAGCACUUCUGAAGCUCUGGCUGUCCGAAGAUUGCUUGGUCAUCGUUUGCAUAUUAAUCCACCACAAGCCAAGUCAGAAUGGUAUAAAAUAUUGGAAGAAGAACAUUCUCUAUGGGAAGGUGUAUCAAAACCAUACAGGGAAACAAUUCGAGCUUUUCUGGCUUACUUUCAGAACGAGAUUCUGAGAAGGCCUAAUGAAUCAUUCUGUUUCAGUAACGGAAGCGUUGGGAAUUUUUUCUUUGCAGGAGCACGUAUAUUUUUUCAGUCCUUAGAUGCUGCAAUUUUUUUGUUUUCACGGGUUUCUGAUAUUCCAGCAGAAAGUUUCAUCCUCCCAGUCAUUUCAACCAAUGACAGGCUCACUUUAGGAUGUGAAUUAUGGGAUGGGACAAUUAUACGAGGCCAGAAUGAAAUUUCCCAUCCAACCAAUGUCAAAGGACCUGUAGAUAAGGGAAGAUCAUCAGUUCCAGCUCUUCCAUCACGAAUAAAAAGGGUAUUCUACAUGUCAAGCGAGGGUACGAAUUCACUACAUGAGGUCUUUCCAACUGUAAACCCAACUGUUCUGGACCAGUUGUCCAAUGUGGACUGUAUAGUUUAUGCUAUGGGAUCUCUCUUCACUUCCCUUUGCCCAUCAUUGGUCUUACUCGGCAUUGGGGAGAUAAUUUCUUCUAGGAGCUGUCCUAAGGUACUUCUGUUGAAUGGUUCUCAUGAUAGAGAGACAAGUGGCUUCUCCGCAUCUUCUUUUGUUACAGCUAUUACAGAUGCUCUGAAUCGUACAUAUGGAGGUUCUCAUAAUUGUUUAAGAAACCUUCCAAGUCAGUACAUCAAUACAGUUUUGGUGCCCAAAGAUGGUGAAAUCCCCAUAGACAUCCAAAGCUUGUCUUCCCACGGAAUCUUUGACGUGGUGGUGGUUAACUCCAUACAUGACCCAAAAGUGGGCACAAUUUUUGAUCCAAAGUCAUUGAUAAAUGCUCUUGGCAAUGUGGUGAGCAGAUACAUGAGGACAAAAAAUUAAUUAUGGAUAUGGAAGGAGCAUGACGUGUCUAUAUACACGUGGACACACCACAUCAGCCAUUAAUUUGCUGCACAUGGGCGGACCAAUUCUUGAUGAUGCUAUAGCAACUUUAAAUUGUUGAAAGGGAUAGCAUGUAUGUACAUAUUUAAACUAUUAACAAGGUA